AUGGCAUUAACAAAGGAUUCGUUUGAACGGAUUAAGUGGCUUAUCACAGCUGCCUGGUGGCUGCUGAUUGUUUUUUCAGCACAAGAAAUUGAUGGGGUAAUGUCUUUCAGCUUCUACAGCAACAGCGAUAAGUUUUUGCUUAUUGCUUCUAUUUGCCAGCAUGUUUAUGCUGAUGAGAGGUCCAAGAAGGGAGGAUAUGCAUAUAUUGAUCCAUGCGGAGGCCAGGAUUGUUCAGUUUGUCGGUGCUUUCCAGAAAAAGGAUCAAGAGGUCAGCCUGGUGAGCUGGGAGCUCAAGGUCCGAUUGGGUCCUUGGGAUCUACAGGACCAGCUGGUCUGCCCGGGCAAAAAGGACAGAGAGGUGAGAAUGGGCAGCCUGGGCCAGCUGGAGAAAAAGGUGAUAAGGGCCCAACUGGAGUCCCAGGAUUUCCUGGUUUGGAUGGUGUUCCUGGAUUACCAGGAACUGAAGGACCCAGGGGCAAGCAUGGUUUAGAUGGCUGCAAUGGCUCAAGAGGAGAUCCGGGAUUUCCAGGCGAAAAUGGUUAUGUUGGACCAAGAGGUCCUUAUGGAAAUCCAGGGCAAAAAGGAGAAAAAGGAAAUUCAGUGUAUGUUUCACAUUUUGGAAAAGGACCUCCAGGAGACAGAGGUGAUCCUGGACCUCCUGGCAUGCCUGGACCUAGAGGGUCAAGAGGUACAACGGGCCCAUCUGGAUACCCAGGCCAACCAGGCUUGCCUGGUACUCCAGGUUACCCUGGUUUGCCAGGUGAACAGGGAAAUCCAGGUAUUGGAGUGGACGGACAAAAGGGGGAGCCGGGUGAUGUUGGACUUCCUGGGCCACCUGGGUCACCACUGUUAGUUGGACCUCCUGGAGCUCAGCUGUUCAAAGGAGAAAAGGGCCAAAAAGGACUGCCUGGGGUAACAGGAUACAGAGGGCCACGUGGACCCAAAGGUGAUCCUGGUUCUUACGGACCUGCAGGUUUUCCUGGAAUGAAGGGGGAUCCAGGGGAAGAAGGGCCCCCAGGUCCUCCUGGAGCUGUUGGAACUUCGCUGCUUCCUAUAAAAGGUCCACGAGGAGAUCCUGGAUUUCCGGGUCCUGCUGGUGAUAUGGGAGCAGCUGGACCAAUUGGUCGUGCAGGCCUGCUAGGAAGACCGGGAGAUGAUGGAACAAGUCUGCCUGGCCUACCAGGAUCAAGUGGGGCACCAGGACCUCAAGGUUUUCAAGGUGACCCUGGUUUCCCUGGAACAGGUGAAUCAAUCCCAGGAAGACCUGGAUUUCCUGGACCACCAGGCCUACCAGGACAGCCAGGAAGACAGGGCUUACCUGGACUACCCAGUGUAAUCUGUAUUGACAGAGGAGUCCCUGGAGAAGCUGGAGCAAAAGGUCAAAUAGGCCUUCCAGGAAGAAAAGGUGAAAAAGGAGAAAAGGGAAAUCAAGGCCUCUGCUCAUGUAGUGCUGGUCCUCCUGGUCCCCGUGGUAUGCAAGGACCUCCAGGUACUCAAGGAAGGAAAGGACAAAUGGGAUACCCUGGAAGACAUGGAGAGAAGGGUGACCCAGGCGUAUCUGGUGCAAUGGGAUCACCAGGCCUCCCUGGGACACCUGGUUCUGCUGGACAACAUGGUGAAAAAGGAGAGAAGGGUGAUCCAGGAAGAAUUAGAAUAAAAGGAAUAAAAGGUGAAAGAGGUCCUACUGGGGUUCCAGGAUUUCCAGGCCAAAGAGGUAAUGAUGGCAGAGAUGGGGAACUAGGAUUGCCUGGGGAAAAAGGAGAAGAGGGCCAUUCUGGAGUACCACUACCAGGUGAUAAAGGAUUCCCUGGAGUCCCAGGACUUCCUGGGGUAAAAGGACAGAUGGGAUUGCCUGGUUUGCGGCUUCCCGGCCCUCCAGGAGUCAGAGGUAGCCCUGGAGACUUUGGUGAUACUGGUAACGUUGGGCCACCUGGUCCAAAGGGCCAGAAAGGUGAGACUGUCUGCAUCACAUUACCGUACCCUGGAAACCCAGGUCCCCCUGGUUUUAAAGGUGUUCAAGGACCAAAGGGUUUAAAAGGACUCCCCGGCCGUCCUGGACCAAAUGGCUUUGAUGGGCAAAAAGGCCAUCAAGGCAGGCCAGGAGCAGGAAUCCCUGGGCCAGAAGGCUUUCGAGGCAGAGCUGGUGAUCCUGGUGAUGAAGGUGAAAGAGGAUCUACAGUUGAUGGUAAAGAUGGCCCUCCAGGUCCACCUGGCAUAGAUGGUCAGAAAGGUGUUCCAGGUGAUACAACAUAUGGUCCUCCAGGAAUCCCAGGCAACAGGGGACAGCCGGGACCCCCUGGUGCACAAGGAGCAAGGGGACAGCCUGGUACCCCAGGAUUUCCUGGUGCGAAAGGUUUUAGAGGCCCAGAAGGUGAUACAGGAGCACCAGGCUGUCCAGGCUUCCCUGGUCCACCAUGUGACAUGGGCUUACCAGGGCCACUAGGACUCAGAGGCGUCAUGGGCCUGCCAGGACCUCAAGGCUUACCAGGCUUUAAAGGACAGAGGGGAGACAGGGGCCUAACUGGGCCACCUGGAAUCAAAGGUCUCAAAGGCUCUCCUGGCUCACGAGGUCCCCCAGGUCCUCCAGGCUCCCGAGGACUUCCAGGACUUCCAGGCAAUAAAGGACCACCUGGUUUUCCAGGACAAACAGGAAGCAAAGGGAUUCAAGGACCCCAAGGAUUUCCAGGACUCCCAGGAACACAAGGCCCAAUGGGAAUCUCUGGUAUAAAAGGUGAAGAAGGAAAAAUGGGUCCGCCUGGGCCUAGUGGAGAGUGUGGGGAUACAGGAAUAAAAGGUGAAAGAGGUCCCCCAGGAGACAGUGGCUGUGUUAACAUCCGUCUUGAGAGAGGACAAAAAGGGGAGCCAGGGUUUCCUGGUGAGAACGGAUUUAGAGGUGAAAGAGGUGAAAAAGGCAGUACUGGUUUCAGAGGCACCCCAGGAUUUCCAGGGAAGAACGGUGUCCCAGGACUGCCAGGUGACCACGGUGACAUUGGGCUGAUGGGGUUUCCAGGACCACAGGGUUUCCCAGGACCAAAGGGCUUUAAAGGAAUGACAGGUUUUCGAGGACAUCCAGGUGACCAGGGUGAUGUUGGCUUACCAGGAAUCCCUGGAAAUGCAGGCCUGACUGGACCAAAAGGAUCUAAAGGCAAGAGAGGUGACCCAACUCCUCUGCUUGGUACCCAUGGUCAAAAAGGGCCUCCCGGAGAUCCAGGAUUACCAGGACUCUGUGGAUUCCCAGGAGAGAAAGGCUCACCAGGUAUCCAAGGACAACCUGGAAGACCAGGAUCCAAGGGUGACCCUGGGUACCCGGGAAUACCUGGAUUUCCAGGAGCUACAGGUCCUCAGGGAUUGCCAGGAGAACCUGGAGAAAAAGGGAAACAUGGAAUUUUGGGACUUCCAGGAUUGCAAGGAUUACCUGGAUCUCAGGGUAGAAAAGGUGUUCCUGGUCUGCCUGGACUGGAUGGCUUGGAUGGACUAAAAGGUCAAAAAGGUUCUGCAGGAGCUCCAGGUCAAAGUGAAAUGGGGCCCCCAGGAUACUCAGGAGAACCUGGACCAAAAGGAGACCGAGGUGAACCUGGACGGCCUGGUAUUUCUAUUCCAGGCCCCCCUGGAGAAAGGGGAUUCCCAGGAUUCCCAGGUAGAAGAGGACCUAUUGGACCCCCUGGACCUAUGGGAAGAUCUCGUGAUAGUGCUUCUCCUGGUCCUCCAGGUGAUCAAGGACCACCUGGUUUUGAUGGCAUCAGAGGUCAGCCUGGGAAUCCUGGUCCUCCUGGAGAGACUAUCUUCGUGCGAGGAGAUCCAGGUGAUAUCGGUAUUCGAGGGGCACCAGGUAAUCCUGGGCAGCGAGGGCAACAAGGAGCCAGAGGUCUUCCAGGGAACCAAGGAAGAGGAGGCCCAAAGGGUCCUAUGGGAAUCCAUGGCCCACAGGGUCCACCUGGUGCUAUAGGACAUCCAGGAGACCAAGGUUUUCAAGGAAUACCUGGUCCCAGAGGUCCCACAGGUACUUAUAGCAUUCCAGGUGAUCCUGGUGAACCAGGAAAAAUAGAUGAUUCAUGCCCUGCAAUCCCAGGGCUUCCUGGGGAAGCAGGCCAAAGAGGAGACGAUGGCUCUGUAGGAUUACCAGGGCCAAUAGGCCACCCUGGACCCCAAGGAAGAAAAGGUGAAGAAGGGUCAUGUGGCCUGCCAGGUCAAGAUGGGUUACCUGGGGCAUCUGGACCACCAGGUGACCAAGGGCAUAUAGGAGAGCACGGAUAUGCUGGGCCACAAGGUCCACCUGGCCAGACUGGUAUCCCAGGACCACCAGGCCCCCAUAUUAGAUCUGCAAGUGGAUUCUUGCUCGUCCUUCACAGUCAGUCAGACAGAGAACCACUCUGUCCACAGGGUAUGCCAAAAUUAUGGACUGGCUAUAGUCUGCUGUACCUGGAAGGACAGGAGAAAGCGCAUAAUCAAGAUCUUGGUCUGGCAGGAUCUUGUCUUCCUGUGUUUAAUACCAUGCCCUUUGCUUACUGCAAUAUCAACCAAGUUUGUUACUACGCCAGUCGAAACGAUAAGUCUUACUGGCUGUCAAGUGCUGCUCCUUUACCAAUGACACCACUCUCUGAAGAAGAAAUACAACCUUAUAUAAGCAGAUGUGCUGUAUGUGAGGCCCCAGCCCAAGCGGUAGCAGUUCACAGCCAGGAUCAGUCAAUUCCUCCCUGCCCAGCAAACUGGAGGAGCCUUUGGAUAGGAUAUUCUUUUUUGAUGCACACUGGAUCUGGUGAUCAGGGUGGUGGACAGUCCCUUAUGUCACCUGGAAGUUGCCUAGAAGACUUCAGAUCAGCGCCAUUCAUUGAAUGCCAGGGUCAGCGCGGAACAUGCCAAUUUUUUGCUAAUGAAUACAGUUUCUGGCUAACAACCGUGAUGCCUGAACUGCAGUUUGCGUCAGCCCCGCUGUCAGGAACUCUUAAAGAAGGACAAGAGCAGAGGAAAAAAAUCAGUAGAUGCCAGGUAUGCCUGAAGCAUGGCUAACAAGCAAAAGAAAACUGAACAGUUGGACUAAGACUUGCAUAAGGAUGAACAACAUGCUAAAGGUUUAAACAGUAUUUAAUAUUAGAAUAUAUUUGAAAGUGUGCAGCACUGUUCUUUUUGUUUGAAUGGAUAUAAAACUGAAAGAUGAAAGAUCUGUGAACAUCAUCCACCCAUGUACACACAUCUACAGGUAGUAAAAUCUAGUAUAAACAACUU